CUUAUGCAUCGGAUUGCUGUUAUUUACGAUCAUCAACAUUCCGCGCGUCUUUGUUGUUGAUAAAUUAUCUCCUUUCGACUGAUGUCACAUCUCUUGGCAAGCCUCUUGAAUUAGGGCCGAAUUCAACAGUCACGUUCAACUACACCGAUGGCGAGAGGGUGUUGAGGUCUCGUCCAGGUCAAGAAGAACUCACACUACCUGUUGGGUGGAAGGACGCAAGGUGUAUAGGCUGGUGA